AAAUUUGAUAUUUUAGGUUUUGAGUGGAAGACACAUCUUUCAGUCCUUGGUGCCUAUUUUUCUUCUUUUUUCCCAAUGGCCAACACUAGUUUCAGAUCAAAUCAUCAUGACAAGCCAUUUUGUGUUUUGUUGCUGUUGGGUCUUUUGCUGUUAAUCCAGAAAGGUGGUGCAUAUGAGUUCAAGGUUGGGGGUUCUCAAGGAUGGACUGUUCCUGCUGAUGCCAAUGCAAACAGCUACAAUCAGUGGGCAGAAAGUAAUAGAUUUCAAAUUGGAGACUCUCUACUGUUUGUGUACCCAGCUGACAAAGACUCAGUGGUGAGGGUAACUAAGGAGGACUACACCAAUUGCAACUCAGCAACACCACUUGAUAAAUUUACUGAUGGCCACAGUGUGUUCAAGUUCGACCAAUCUGGGCCUUACUAUUUCAUAAGUGGAGUUAAAGAGAACUGUCUUAAGAAUGAAAAGUUGGUGGUGGUUGUGAUGGCAGAUAGAAACAACCGAUCAAGCACAGAGGUUCCUCCAUCUACAGCACCGGCAGGAGAGGAGGCUCCUUCGCCGCCUUCAGGAUCGGUGGAGAUAAACCCAUCUCCAUCUCCUUUUGGUGAGACACCUCCUCCUCCUCCUCCUCCUCCAAGUGGUGCUACUUCAAUUUACAUGGGGGUUAUUGGCUGUGUUGGAACUUUCAUUUCUUCCCUUGCUCUGGUUCUCUAAAUUCAAGAUGUGGAUGAAGAACUUCAUUGAUUCAGUUUCUUUUGGUUGAUUGUGUUUUGUUCUUUUUGAUUUUCUCCCUCACCUUGAUAUACCAGUGGAUUUAACAGGUCUUUAAGGGAAAGCUUGGUUGUUGAUAUUGAUUGGUUUGAUACAGCUGAGAAAUAAAGUGAUCAUUGUACAUAAUUUGAGUUGGUGGUUGUCCUAUAUACAAACAAAU